ACUAGAGCGCUUCCGGUUGGUCCUCUGUUUCCCCGGCUCCUCCGAGUCUGUCACCAGGCGGGUAUCCUGGCUCACGGCCGCGCGGGCCGGGCGGGCUCGGCUUCGUCCCCCAGCUCGUAGCCCCGUUCGCCGACUUCGGGGCGCCAUGGCCGGGGCCCGCCGCGGCAGGCCGGGCGUGAGGCCGCCUCUCGCUGCCCGCGCGCUCCCGUGGCCGCUGGGCCGGCGGGCACCGGUGUCGGCGUGAGCAGCCCUCGGGCGCCCGCGGAUCCCGCGCUCACGGCCGCAUGGCAUCCGAGGCGCCUUCGCCGCCUUCGCCGCCGCCCGCCUCUCCCGAGCCGGAGCUGGCGCAGCUAAGGCGGAAGGUGGAGAAGUUGGAGCGCGAGCUUCGGAGCUGCAAGAAGCAGGUGCGGGAGGUGGAGAAGCUGCUGCAGCACACGGAGCGGCUGUACCGGAGCGCCGAGAGCAGUAACCAGGAACUCCGCACGCAGGUGGAAGAGCUCAGUAAAAUACUCCACUGUGGGAGAAAUGAAGAUAGUAAGACGUCUGAUGUAGAAGUCCAGACAGAGAACCAGGCUCCUUGGUCAAUUUCAGAUUACUAUUACCAGGCGUAUUACAAUGAUGAUAAUCUUCCCAGUAAAGAGACGGAACCAACUGCACAGCAGAGUCAGUAUGUUGAAGCUUCCACUAAAGACGAGUCACAAGUAGACAGUGAUAGUCAUGCUGGUACUGACGGAACAGACUGUGUUAAAUGUGGACAAGAGGAUCCUUUCAUCUCUGAUUCACAGGAGAGUGCCUCCGUGUUAGCCACCGAGGGCUCGGCCUUGGAAGGCUCCUCGCUAGCAGAGAGCCUGAGAGCUGCAGCGGAAGCCGCUGUGUCGCAGACCGGCUUUACUUACGACGAGAACACGGGAUUGUAUUUUGACCACAGCACUGGUUUCUAUUAUGAUUCUGAAAACCAGCUAUACUAUGAUCCUUCCACUGGGAUUUAUUACUACUGCGAUGUGGAAAGUGGUCGAUACCAAUUUCACUCUCGAGUAGAUUUACAGCCUUACCAGACAGCCAGCACAAAACCUAGCAGAGAUAAAAAGCUGAAGAAGAGAAGAAAGGAGCCAGGAUCUUGUACAGCAAAUGACGAAAGGGAUUUGAGUUCAGAAGAUCAGAAAGUCUGCAAUGUUGACUAUAUAAACUGCAGCGAGGAAGACAAUUCUGCAAAUGUGAAAAAGAAGGCCAGAACAGACACUCACCACAGAAGUAGUCCCUUAAUACCUGCUCUUCCCGUUAGUGGAGGCACUGUGGAGUCUCCUGGAGAUGAUAAUUCAGCGUCAUCUAAGGAUGAGAAAAUUAGAGAGAGUGAGAGUGAACCAGAAGAAGGUGAGAUUACAGACUCUCAGAGUGAGAACAGUUACGAUGAAGACAGUACCAGUGAGAACAAGGAAUCCUCAGAAGACUCAGAGGAGGAAGAUGAAGAAAAGAUUUGGCCCCCCUGUAUUCGGGUGAUUGUUGUUAGAUCUCCAGUGUUGCAGACGGGCUCACUUUUCAUCAUUACAGCUGUAAAGCCAGCCACGAUUGGGAGGGAAAAGGAUAUGGAACAUACUCUCCGAAUCCCUGAAGUUGGCGUCAGUAAGUUUCACGCAGAAAUUUAUUUCGACCAUGACUUGCAAAGCUACGUCCUUGUGGAUCAGGGCAGCCAGAAUGGUACUGUUGUCAACGGGAAACAGAUUCUUCAGCCAAAAACUAAAAGUGAUCCUUACGUCCUUGAACACGGUGAUGAGGUGAAAAUUGGGGAGACUGUGUUGUCUUUCCACAUUCACCCCGGCAGCGAGACCUGCGAUGGCUGUGAACCAGGGCAGGUCAGAGCUCACCUUCGCCUCGAUAAGAAAGGCGAGCCUUUUGUUGGUCCAGCAUUAAGUAAAGAGGAAAAGGAGUUGGAGAGAAGAAAAGCACUAAAGAAAAUACGAGUAAAGUAUGGUUUGCAGAAUACAGACUACGAAGAUGAAAAAGCGUUGAAGAAUCCAAAAUAUAAAGACAGAGCUGGAAAACGCAGGGAGCAGGUUGGAAGCGAAGGAACUUUCCAAAGAGAUGAUGCCCCUGCGUCUGUUCACUCUGAAAUUACAGAUAGCAACAAAGGCCGGAAGAUGUUGGAGAAGAUGGGUUGGAGAAAGGGAGAGGGCCUGGGAAAGGAUGGUGGAGGAAUGAAAACGCCGAUCCAGCUUCAGCUUCGACGGACACAUGCGGGCUUGGGUACAGGGAAGCCGUCCUCAAUUGAUGAUUUCCACUUUCUCCAGAAUAAGAGCAAAAAGAACUGGGACAAAGCAAGAGAGAGGUUUGCAGAAAACUUCACAGAUACUAAACCUCUGAAAGAUGCAGCAGGGGCAGUGCCGUGGGUGAAGGGGACUGCAGAAUGAAGGUCUGUCACAGGAAAGACUGGAGCUUUGAAAAGAUUUUGGAAACUUUUAUUGUACAAACUUGGGUCCCCAAAAUGUCAGUGACGGGGGAGCUCGUCAGAUGGCCUCCUGCUCCACACAUGUGUGCUUUACAGUUUGCAGAGAGCAUUUUCCCUAGCAAGCAGGAGCUGAAUGAACUCAUGCAGGAAGUGGACUGCAGGUCACGGAGCACAGGCGGAGCUUGUCAGACUUGGUUGUUUAUACUGUCAUUACCAUACCUGUAGAGGGCCACUAGACAUGUAAGCAAAAUCCAAGUGACCAGUAAUGACUUCAGUGUACAUUUGUCCUGUCUCCCUGUGCCCGUUGUUUUAAGAUGCACAGACAAGAAAUUCUGUGUGUGUACUUGUUUACACCUUUAGAACUUAGGUUUUUGUUUUUUUUUAAAUUGAGAAACCGUGAGUAGUGGAGCAUAAUCUUAUCCUGAAAUAACUGCAGUAAAUUAAGAACUGAUGAGCAGGUAAUGUGUUAUAGAAAAUUAGUCUCAAACUGUUUUCUUCUGUGAAGAAUGUUGAUUUGUACUAUAUAUUCAGCAUUUGCCUUUGGGUUUUUCCUAGCUGAAGAAAUAUUUGAUAGAAACCACUGGGUGUGUAUUGGCGUAUUCAAUGUGCUAGCAUUUUUAGUUUUGAUAAACACCAUUGCAGGCAAUGGGAUCGUGCCAGAGAAAUCUGACAGCUAGUACAGAUGAUCACUUAGCCAAGGCUUCAAACACAAACAUUUCCUGGAAAUGUCUUCAAAUGCAAUAAAAAAAUUUUAAAGA